AGAGGGAAUGUUCCAAAUGGUCAGCAUUGUACCGGCGGCCUAUAAAUGAUGUGCUUGGCCAUAGCUCUUGUUUCAACUUGGAGCUCACAAAAUCUGAAACCACCGGCUCAAAGAAACUGGAGACACGAUGCAAAAAUCAGAUGGACCGAAAGAGAAAGAAAUGGCAUCUACAGAUUCAGACCAAGUGGACGGAGGGAACAUGAGCCACAGCAGUAAGAAGGGGGUAAAGGUUAGCGGUAAACAUGUAGCUUCUUCAGACUGGGACAGAAGGGGGACUCCUGUGCCCAUCGUCCAGACAAAUUUUUACACUCCAAGUCCUGCUGAAAACCCCACAGUCAUUUCUAUUGGCCCACACUGUCAGCCCACUGUCACCAGCGAGCCCCAGAACCAGGAUUUCACCAGUAAUGAUGACUGGGGUGGAGAAGACCUCCGGGGACAUCCACCCUUCACAGAACAAGGUGUAUCUAGACAGACAGUGGAAGAACUGAAGAAUAUAUUACGUGAGAGCUCCAUGCUGAGGGACGACGGCCGCCCGGUCAGUCCCCACAGCCACACGCCUGGACAGAGGGUGGACUGCAGACCAGACGACAUACCAUCCAAGUCCUUUACAACCUUCAAACCAAUUCUUGCAGGGAGCAGAAGAGCCUCGAGACCAAGAGAUGGUGCUUCUUCUGGCUGGGAUUCUAGUGGGUCAUCCAGGACCGACGGUCAUACAAGCAGGACAACUGGUUACAGGACACCCUCCAGUGAUAGAGCCCACUCCUCCGACACGUGGUCAUCACAGACAGAUAACAGGGACAGUUCUCAUACAGAAUCUCACGGAUCUCAGAAUUUCCUUUACGAGCUUGAUCUGAUUAAGCAGCAGAUUUCUCGAGAGAAUGUUGGCUUUGUUCGCUUUGAAGCAACAGAUCUUCACGGUGUGUCCAGAUCCAAGAUGGUCCCCGCUCGCUACUUUCAUGAAAAAGCUGUGUAUGGUGUACCCAUGCCCAGAAGCUACCUGGAACUGACACUGAGCCCAAAAGACAACGAGGUCGAUCAUCCAUCUGCUGCCAAUUUCAGCAGUGACGUUCUUCUGGUGCCUGAUCUCUCCACCUUCCGGGUCCUUCCCUGGUCUGAACAGACCGCUCGUGUAAUUUGCGAUCCCUGCACCGUUACAGGCGUUCCACUGCGCACCUCUCCUCGCCUUAUCGCUAAACUAAUGCUCGGUCAGCUUCAGAGCAUGGGGUUCUCCCUCCAUUCCUCCUUCACCUACGAGUGCUGCAUAUUAGGAGCGCCGGAGCGACUCGGACCCAAGGUUGUGUUCUUUCCCGCUACCACUCUGUUGAGCAAUCAUGAUCUGCCCUUUCUACAGCAGCUGGUGAGAGCCAUGUACCACAUGGGCGCUGAUGUGGACAACUUUGCAUCUGCCAGCGGACCGGGACAGAUGGAGAUCUGCUUCAAGCCGAAGUUUGGAAUCGAAGCGGCCGACAGUGCUUUCACAUUCCGAACUGGAAUCAAAGAGAUGGCCAGGAAGCAUAACUACAUCGUCACAUUCCUCACCGACGAGACUCUCAACAACUUGGGACAGCUGUCCCACAGCUUAUGGGACGCCAAUGGAAGGAAAAGUCUUUUCCACUCGAGCACUGGGGAGCUGUCCGACAUUGGCAAGAAAUGGCUUGGUGGGCUUCUUCACCACUCGCCAGCAUUGAGUUGCCUACUGGCACCGGGGAUCGGCUGCCGCAGUCAGCUCUCUAAAGGCAGAGACUCUAAACACCCGUUGUACGCCACAUGCGGCUGCAACGACAACAGCUGUUCCUUUAACGUGAAGAUCCAUGGUGGGCGGGAAAUGCACAUCGAUAACAGGCUUGGCUCAGCUAUGGCAAACCCAUACAUAGUUCUGGCUGCCACAAUAGCAGCUGGACUGGAUGGCAUAAAGCGUAACCUCAGCAUAGAACAGGGUCUCAACCGAGCUCCAAACCAACAGAAACAGGUUGUGAUCCCAGUUAAACUGGAGGAUGCUUUAGAAGCCCUUGCAGAAGAUGCUGUGAUCCGUGGGUCACUUGGUGAGCCUUUUAUUCAGUACUUCAUCGCCAUGAAGCGCCUUGAGAUUGAGACACAGGAGCUUGAUACAGACAGAAACAAAGGCUUGGAAUAUUUCAUCUAGAUAAAAAUAUAAUCUGAUGAAUGUUUAGAUUCACAGACUGAGAUCUUUUCACGUAGAGAAGAGCAAGAAUAACAGGCACUCGUUUUUUUUUAUCCCAACAAUAAUAUUUGAAGAUACAUUAAGUAACAAGCUCUGUUUAAGAGAAAUAAAAGCUUGUGAUGAUUUAAAUGGAAAA